CCUGUGUUUGACUGGAUGUAUCGCUGGCAUGACUGAUACAAAUAGGAUUCGUGUAGCAUUAAUUAUGCUGGAGAACUGCGUCCAAGAAUCGCCUCGUACUGCCAAUGCAUACUGUUGACGCUACGACAUGAGUUCGGAUGGCCGAACUGCACGUUUUCGGCCAGAUAUUGGGCGCUUCUGAUUUCCCAUGCUCGAGUCUUUUUUGCAAGUGGAGCCUGAAAUUCGGGGAGAACUGGACUCUUUUGGAGGGAUCAAAGGAAGGUCAGACACAAGUGGACAGACACCGGUACGAAGACAACAGGGUCGUCUGGUGUCACCCUCUGGAUGUUCACUUCAGCACCAGAGGCAUCCAAGACUGGCCAAAACUCCUGGUCCAAGUUUGGCAUCAGGACGCUUUUGGUCGAAACGAACUCGUCGGCUACGGAUCCUGCCACCUUCCCAGCGCACCGGGUUUCUCCAAGCUUGAUUGCCCGACGUGGCGCCCCGUGGGCACUUUGCUGGAGGAAGUGUCCAGGCACUUCCUAGGAGGUGGACUUCAUCUGAGGGACCCUGAGGAAGUCUGCGGUACCGUGGGCGACCGAUUCAGACUGCGUACCGAGGCAAUGGGCACUGUCCACUUGGAACUGUACGUCAUUCACAGAGAUUUCCACAAGUACGGCAUCGAAGCAUGAGGGACCUCUCCUCUGCUCUUGGAAACCAUGAAAUCCUGA